AUGUCUCGACAAUAUGGUUGUCAAUGGAAGGGCUUAUCAAAGUUGGCGAAGCAGUAUUCAACCCAAGUUCUUGGUAUAAAACUUGGUUUAGAACCGAUAGUUGUUGUUUAUGGAGAUCAUAACGUAAGAAGAGUGUUUACUGAAAAAGUAUUUGAAGGGAGACCUAACAGUUUCUUCUUACGUCUGCGUUGUUUAGGCAAAAAAAUGGGUAUCACUUUCGCCGAUGGAGAACUUUGGAAGGAGCAUAGAAAAUUUACAGUGAAACAUUUAAAAAAUGUUGGCUUUGGUAAAACUGCAAUGGAGGGGGAAAUACAAAGAGAACUACAGUAUAUUAUAAAGUAUAUAGAUGAUCAUAAUAAUACACCUAUAAAUCCGAAAACAAUACUUGCAAUAUCGGUGAUGAAUAUUUUAUGGAAAUUUACGGCAGAGGAACAAUUAAAGGUUGUAUGUCUGGACUUACUUAUAGCCGGAUCACAAACUACCAGUAAUGCUUUGGAAUUUGCCAUUCUAGGAGUAUUAAGAAAUAAAAAUAUCCAGGAAAAGAUUUUUAAAGAAAUAUAUACUAUACUUGGAAACAAAAUGCCCUCUUGGUCAGAUAGCAACAGAUUAGUGUAUACAAUGGCGUAUCUUUAUGAAUGCCAAAGAUAUUUCACAAUAGUCCCUUUAGCAGGUCCUCGACGGGUGUUAGAGGACGUGACAAUGGAUGACUAUUUGAUACCAAAAGAUACGACAGUACUUAUUUCCGUCGGCGAUGUACAUUUUGAUUCAGAAAUAUGGGAAGCUCCCGAUAAGUUUAUGCCUGAGAGAUUUAUUGACGAUAGAGGAAAAUUGAUGAAAACCGAGAAUAUUUAUCCGUUCGGUAUAGGACGGAGACGUUGUCCAGGUGAUGCUUUGGCUAAGUCAUUUAUAUUCAUAGUAUUUGUCGGAAUAAUCCAAAAAUACCAGAUAGUAUGCAGAGAUGGCGAACUUCCGUCCGACGAGCCGAUUGUUGGUCUCAUAUCUAGUGCACGCCCAUACACAGCGGAAUUCAGAAUGAGAGAUACAUAA